GUCCACCCAGUCCACGUGUUCCUUCCAAGAAGCUGUUCCAGUGGGAGCAUGGCGGGGGCGCUGCGGGCUGAGCUGGACACUUACCUGCAGGAGCUGGGAAUCCAGCCAGUGUGUGUGGAGCACCCUGAGGUGUUUACAGUGGAAGAGAUGAUGCCUCAUGUAGAGCACUUGCAAGGGGCACACAGUAAAAAUCUCUUUCUCAAAGACAAGAAAAAGAAAGGGUUCUGGUUGGUGACAGUUUUACAUGACCGACAAGUAAAUCUCAACGACCUUGCCAAGAAGUUGAAUGUUGGCAGUGGAAAUCUUCGCUUUGCCGAUGAAACAGCUAUGCUGGAGAAGCUUAAAGUAGGCCAGGGAUGUGCCACACCGCUAGCCCUGUUUUGUGACAAAGGAGAUGUGAAGUUCGUACUAGAUGCUUCAUUUCUUGAAGGUGGUCAUGAGAGGCUUUACUUCCACCCAAUGACCAAUUCUGCCACCAUGGGUCUGACUCCGGAGGAAUUCAUGAGUUUUCUGAAAAAAACUGGACAUGAACCUAUACUGAUACAGUUUGAUACAUAAAAAAA